AUGGGCGCGCCUGAAUGGUGCUCUCGGUUGACUCGGCCAAUCCGUACACGACUCAAGCGAGAGCGCUCGAGUCCGGUGUUCAUGUGUACCAUGCUUGACUCGUUGGUUGCGCCAGCCCAUUUGUUGCUGAUGCUGCUGCUGUUGCCACUGACGCCCAGCCUACUCCUCGGGUCGUCCUACAGAGUGACCGCGGCCUUCUCUGCGAAUGGCAGUGGCUUGAACGGUGUCGGUACCGGCGGUGUUGGGCAAGGCGGAGCAGCGGUUUCGCGCGGUUCGUCGCUUUUCCCCAGUCCGCUGUCUGUUCCAGAUUGCAUUUCACUGAAGGACGGUGGAAAACCUUCUCUCGUCUGCAGCUCCGGCGUCACUCGGCUACCACUUCCUGGGAUCAGGCUGUCAACAAAUCUUUCGAAACUCUUGAUCAUGUCAGCCCAAUUCGGUCCGGGCCUCGGGGCAGUACUCACCGCCUCUAAUCUUACAGGCCUUGAGUCAUUGGUUCUUCUCAAGCUUGCCGAUACCAACCUGGAGCGUUUGGAACGAAGGACAUUCUUCCAUCUUGUGGAACUGCGUACGCUGGAUCUGUCGAGCAACCGGAUCCAGCAGAUCGCAAUCGGAGCAUUUGAGGGUUUGCGACUAGAACGUCUAAUUUUGUCCAAAAACGAAGGCAUCUUUUUGCCCGUCGGCACCUUCAGGGAUGCCAAAGUAAGCCGUUUUUUAUGA